CCUCUGUCCCCUCCCCCCCACCAUACCUCUCCCCCUGCAUCGAAGGUGCUAUCCAUGAGCGGAGUGCGGAGCGCCCUGACCAAGCAGCCCACAGUAGGCAUUUCUGCGCACCAUCACCCGAGAAUCUCAUGCAUACAUUCUCUUGUGCCGUUGCCGCCUCUCUUUAUUUGACGUAGGUUGGGUUUGCGGUGGGUCCCAAGAGGAAGAGAAAGCACUUCCGUGAGCACAUGAAUGCAUGCUGGGACAAGUAUGGCAAGGAGGCCGUCGACGCAACUUUCCACGACCUCGAGGCAGAUGGAGCCAUGGCGGAGGCGAUAUCGAACGAUGCCUUUCGCGACAAGGCAACCAAGGUGGCGAAGAAGGUGGCCACCAAGUAUGGGCUGGUCGAGAAAGACUUUUUGCAAGACUUCCUGGAGCUCCAUGCCCUGUCCGAAGAGCGCGCCGGCAUGGCUUCUGAGAGCAGCGACGAGCUGCUGUCCACGCUAUACGAGAGGUGCUACGACCCCUCAUUCGAGCAGUUCGACCUCAAUCUCUUCCUGUCGGUGGUGCAAGAGCUGGGAGACGGCAGGAACGGCCCGCGGACAACAGGCGACCUGCUGACGGUCAUGCAGAAGCUGAGGAUCGACGUCACGGGCGGCGGGGGCGGCAAGAGCCCCUCUCACUGCACAUGCCGCAUCACCUUUAUCCAAUUCGCCUCCCUCGUGCAGCACUUCGUCCAUGGCCUGCGGUUCAAGGCCGUCACACCUGCACAUGCCGGAGCAGCAACAGCAGCAGGGGGCGAGGUGGCGUUGGGGUCCUUUCCCAAGCUGGCCACUCCCAAGGAGGCGUCAGAGGCGUCAGGGAGCAGCCGGGGCAGCCCCGCACAGAAGGGCUCAUCAAGCGCCGAGGACCUGUGGGCCACAUUGCAGAGCGACCUGGCGGAGAUGAAUGAGAUGAAGGGAGAGCUGCCGGAGGGCUGCCUUGAAAGCCUCCAGCGGCUGGCCAAGAACUUCCGCACAUUUGUCCUCCGCUAUGCUCAGGUGAGACCCACUGCCAUGAAAAGCGAUGUCUGAUGGCCAAUGUAUGUCUCACGCCUACCUGUCCUGUGUGUCCAUCCAUGUGUCCAUCCAUCAGGAGCAGAAGACGCAGAUCUUUCACAACAGGGUGGUGAUGGCCCAUGCACUGGAGCGCAGCAAACAGGUCAGUGGAGAGAGAGAGUAGGACAACGUACAAGCCAUACAUCUGUCUGUCGUCCCCGUUGCUGGUUUGGUGCAAUGCAGACAGUCGAUGACCUUACGGCCCGUCUGGACAGCCGUGAGGGCCUGCUGGAGCGCAUUCUCAAGAGAGACCAUAAACUGACCCACGUACGUGACGUGACCCUUGGUGACUUACUGGUGUAGUGUGUGUAGAGGGUGUAUGUAUGUGCUGUGUCUGUAUCGUGUCUGUAUGUCAGGAGGUGCAAAGCCUUCAGAAGUCGUGUCGGGACCUCAAACGCACAUACGAGGGGCGGCUCAAUCAGCUCAAGUAAGUACACACCUAACUCCCGGUGUCAUGGAUGGAUCGACAGCUAUCUUCUGCUUUGUCUGCAUGGUGCCUCUGCCUUGGUGCGACUCACGAACACAGCAUAGAGUUGGAUGGCCUCCGUGAGCGCAACAAGCGUCUGGGUCAGGAGCUGGAGCAGAUGAUACUCAAGGAAACCACUGGCCCGCAAACAGACUUCGAACCUCUGGUACGCAAAUCCCUAUCCGCACCGCUGCUGCUCAUUGACUGACACCUAUGCGUCUGUCCGCCUUUAGGCGCCCCGAGCUCCCACAUCGAAAGAGAUGACCCAAUUGCAGGAGGUGAUAUAACACAGAAAGAUAUCAGUAGAUGGCACGUCUGUCUGUCCCAGAAGCUGCACCAUGCUGAAGAUGAGCUCGCGAAGGCCCGCAAGGAGAUCACCAGGUUCUCACAUCGUUGCAGGGCGCCUGACUGCAUGCACUCAUGUGUAUGGUAUGUGUGUCACUCACUGAUUGAUGUAGUCUGCAGAAGCACAUAGAGCAGGGGAGGGAGGGGGAUGUGCCCGGCGGGAUGGGCGGCACCAUGGCCCCCAAGACGCCCAGGGGAGGCCCCACAAGAGAGUCAGUGAGCACACCCACCAAGCAGAGCAAGAACGAGCUCUCGGAUCAGGUACCUCUUCUCGGCAAGCACGUGUGUGUCUCUGCCUUGCCUGCCUUCACACGCCGGCCUGUCUGUUUUGUUACGUUGUGUUGUGUCGUGUCGUGUCGUGUCGUGUGGUGUUUUGUGCGCAGGUUGACGUGAUGCUGAAGAAGAUGGAUGUGCUGAUGCAGGGGGACGAGCAGAGCAUCCAGAACCUCUUCAAGGGCAGCUACUUCCAGCCCUCACUCGCCACAGAACUCGACAGGGCCGUACACGUAACUAACGAACAACAGCAACGAAGAGACACCACACCAUAUUUCUCUGUGCCUUCCCUUGUGACACGAAGGAUUCAUCUGACGAGGAGGAGCUCGAGGGCAUCCCGGAAGGAGACGAGGAGGGCGGGGAGAUCGGGGAGAUCGGGGGACUCGCAAAGGAGCUGCAGGACGCGGCCGUUCGGCGGGACAGCGACGCCUCCUCGGCCUUUGCCGGCGCCCCCGCCACUCGCAUGGCGGCGGGGCUACUGCGGUCCGACAUGAGUGUGAGCCAGAUGCACCUCAAGAGCAGCACCAGCCUCCAUGCUGAUGGCUUCAACCUCGACGAGGUGGGGUGGGUGAAUGGCUGGCUAGUGCACAUGGCCUGGAAGCGGAGCACGUGUAUGUGUAUGUGUUGUCGUGUCCUGUGCGGUCCAUGCAGAUCAACGAGGAUUUGGAGCAGAUGAUACUGCAGCGUGUGAAUCUGGCCGAGAACAACCUGAUGGACUUCCAAGGCGCCUUCAUGAAGGAAAUCGAAGCCGCAAAAGAGGUGGGUGGAGGGGACACCGGUCCUGUAUAUAUGAGCGGCCAGCAGCCACCAUGUCUCUGUCUGUGUCUCAGGCGUCCACCCGCAUCCGUGACUUGGAGAGCUCGCUUGAGGAGCUCCGUGAGGAGAACGACCGGCUACAGAAGGAACGAGACGACUGGUACCUAACAAAUACACACCAUACCAUUGCCCCUUGCUUCUCACCUCACCGACCCACCCACGUAUUCACCAUAGGCGUGUCAAGGCGGAGCGGCGUGCGGCCACAAGUGCCGCCCAGGCCAACAGCAAGGCGGCCGGCGGAGGCGAUGUCGCCGCUGCCUAUUCCUACCCAGGCACUCUCGCGGAGCUCACGGCGGACCUGCCACCACUGGACGUCGCCCACGAGCCACCGGCAGCCAGCAUUCGGGCGAACAAGGGCCGUUCGACGUUUGUUGCUGAGGGCGUCAAGAGCGCCCAGCGGUAUGAAGCGAUGCAGCGGGGCUGCUACGUCAUGAAGAUCGGGCCUAACGUCAGGAGCCGCCUCAAAGCCAUCAGGGCCUUCACACGCAACAAGAGAUUCAUAUGGCUCAGGUAGGUAGGUCGGAGUGUCCUUGGGAAAAUGAGGAGGUAAUCAAUCGCUCGGCCGUCUGUCUGUCUGUCUGUCUGUCGAUGAGCAACCUUUCGUUCAGUGAGGAUUAUCGGUAUGUGUAUUGGUCGAACGAUCCGAAGGCCAAGGACUUCUACGCCAUCCGAGACGACAAAGAGGAGCCAGUCGACGACACAGGGGCGGGGGUGCUGCAGAGCCUGCAGAGAGCUUCCUCAAUCAUCACUGGCGGGGGGCCGAAGUUCAUCCCUCUAGAGGUCGCGGGGCAAGUGCACCCACUCACGGCCAUCUGGAUGGAUGGAUGGAUGGAUGGUAUCAGGCUGUGACGAGGUUCGAGUACGGCGAGAACAGCAGGGCGUUCCGUCUGCAGGAGUUCCGUUCUGACCGGGACUCGCCUCACCUAUGCUUCUCCGUCUACACUGUGGCACGAUCUCUGGACUUCGUCGCGUCUGCCGAGAAAGACAUCGAGACGUGAGUGAGGGGAGGGAGACAGACAAACGACGUGCAGACCGAGAGAGACACCAUCUGUUCAAUGUGUGUGUGUGUGUGUGUAUGUGGGUGUGUGUGGUUUAGGUGGGUGGUAGGCCUCAGCUCGCUGAUCCCCUACCAGCCCGGCCGCGAAUUCUAUACAAUCGAGUCAGUGUCGUUCGUUCCCAACAACACACACAAACAGAAUGAAUGCAUCACCCCUACGCCCGCGAUAUAUAUGUCUGCCUGUGUCUCUCUGUCUCUGUCGCCAGUGAGCUUCGCCUGAAGAAGUGUUUGCUGAAGAUGGAGUACACCAACGCCGGCGUGGCGGCAUGCUCCAUCAACCAGACAGACCCCCCAUCAGCAGCACAUCCUGCCCCCCCAACAGCCACAGCAGCAGCAGGAGGUCCAGCCAGGCCCCAGGUGCCGCCGAUGAAGCCACUGCCCAAGUCGGGAGGGAACGCACAGAAGAGUCAGGGGGGCGGAGAUAGCCCUGGCAGACAUGCCAAGGAGAGUCCGGGGCGGGGUGGGGCUAAGGAUAGCCCGGGGAGGGCCAAGAAGGAAAGCCCCAGGAGACACAAGUAAGCCUUGUCAUGGGCAAAUGAGUGCCGUGCGGCAGGCAGGUCUUUUUUGUGUGCGUGAGUGUGUUUCAUGUGAUUGAUGUGGCGGGUGGGUCACCACAGCCGCCUGUGUGUGUGUGUGUGCGUGUGGGUACGGCGGGCGUGGUGGAUGGAAGAGACAAGACAGACACC